UCCCCAGAGGUCUCCGACCCCAGCCCGCCCCCAGCCCACCCGCCCGGCCUUCAGCCCCCUCCUCAGUCCCCGGCUUCAGUCCGACUUCAGACGCCUCGGGCUUCGACAUCAUGGGUGACGGAGGAGAGGGCGAGGAUGAGGUCCAGUUUCUGCGGACGGACGACGAGGUGGUCCUGCAGUGCAGCGCCACGGUGCUCAAGGAGCAGCUCAAGCUCUGCCUGGCCGCUGAGGGCUUCGGCAACCGCCUCUGCUUCCUGGAGCCCACCAGCAACGCCCAGAAUGUGCCCCCCGAUCUGGCCAUCUGUUGCUUCGUCCUGGAGCAGUCCCUGUCUGUUCGAGCCCUACAGGAGAUGCUGGCCAACACCGUGGAGGCCGGCGUGGAGUCGUCCCAGGGUGGGGGACACAGGACACUCCUGUAUGGCCAUGCCAUCCUGCUCCGGCACGCGCACAGCGGCAUGUACCUGAGCUGCCUCACCACCUCCCGGUCCAUGACUGACAAGCUGGCCUUCGACGUAGGACUUCAGGAGGAUGCAAUAGGAGAGGCCUGUUGGUGGACGACGCACCCAGCCUCCAAGCAGAGGUCAGAAGGAGAGAAGGUCCGAGUUGGCGAUGACCUCAUUCUUGUCAGUGUCUCCUCCGAGCGCUACCUGCACCUGUCGACAGCCAGUGGGGAGCUCCAGGUUGACGCCUCCUUCAUGCAGACACUGUGGAACAUGAACCCCAUCUGCUCUGGCUGUGAAGAGGGCUUUGUGACCGGUGGCCACGUCCUCCGCCUCUUUCAUGGACACAUGGAUGAAUGUCUGACCAUUUCCCCUGCUGACAGUGAUGACCAGCGCAGACUUGUCUACUAUGAGGGGGGAUCUGUGUGUACCCACGCCCGCUCCCUCUGGAGACUGGAACCACUGAGAAUCAGUUGGAGCGGGAGCCACCUGCGCUGGGGCCAGCCGCUCCGCAUCCGGCAUGUCACCACUGGGCGGUACCUGGCGCUCGUUGAGGACCAGGGCCUCAUGGUGGUUGACGCCAGCAAGGCCCACACCAAGGCCACCUCCUUCUGCUUCCGCGUCUCCAAGGAGAAACUGGAUACGGCUCCCAAGCGGGAUGUGGAGGGCAUGGGCCCCCCAGAAAUCAAGUAUGGGGAGUCACUGUGCUUCGUGCAGCACGUGGCCUCAGGCCUGUGGCUCACCUAUGCUGCCCCAGACCCCAAGGCCCUGCGACUCGGUGUGCUCAAGAAAAAGGCCAUUCUGCACCAGGAAGGCCACAUGGACGAUGCACUGUCACUGACCCGCUGUCAGCACGAGGAGUCUCAGGCUGCCCGCAUGAUCUACAGUACUGCCGGCCUCUACAACCACUUCAUCAAGGGCCUGGACAGCUUCAGCGGAAAGCCGAGGGGCUCGGGGUCCCCGGCGGGCACAGCGCUGCCUCUCGAGGGCGUCAUCUUGAGCCUGCAGGACCUCAUCGGCUACUUUGAGCCGCCCUCCGAGGAGCUACAGCACGAAGAGAAGCAGAGCAAGCUGCGCAGCCUGCGCAACCGCCAGAGCCUCUUCCAGGAGGAGGGGAUGCUCUCCUUGGUCCUGAAUUGCAUUGACCGCCUAAAUGUCUACACCACUGCUGCCCACUUCGCUGAAUUUGCAGGGGAGGAGGCAGCAGAGUCCUGGAAAGAGAUUGUGAACCUGCUCUAUGAAAUCCUGGCCUCUCUGAUCCGUGGCAAUCGUGCCAACUGUGCCCUCUUCUCCAACAACUUGGAUUGGCUGGUCAGCAAGCUGGAUCGGCUAGAGGCCUCCUCAGGGAUCCUGGAGGUGCUGUACUGUGUCCUGAUUGAGAGUCCGGAAGUCCUGAACAUCAUCCAAGAGAACCACAUCAAGUCCAUCAUCUCCCUCCUGGAUAAGCAUGGGAGGAACCACAAGGUGCUGGAUGUGCUAUGUUCCCUGUGUGUGUGCAAUGGCGUGGCCGUGCGCUCCAACCAAGAUCUCAUCACUGAGAACUUGCUCCCUGGCCGCGAGCUUCUGCUGCAGACAAACCUCAUCAACUAUGUCACCAGCAUCCGCCCCAACAUCUUUGUGGGCCGAGCAGAGGGCACCACGCAGUACCUCAAAUGGUACUUUGAGGUGAUGGUGGACGAAGUGGUUCCAUUCCUGACGGCUCAGGCCACCCACCUGAGGGUGGGCUGGGCCCUCACUGAGGGCUACAGCCCCUACCCCGGGGGCGGCGAGGGCUGGGGCGGCAACGGGGUCGGCGAUGACCUCUAUUCCUACGGCUUUGACGGGCUGCACCUCUGGACAGGACACGUGCCACGCCUGGUCACUUCCCCUGGGCAGCACCUCCUGGCCCCCGAGGACGUGGUCAGCUGCUGCCUGGACCUCAGUGUGCCGUCCAUCUCUUUCCGCAUCAAUGGCUGUCCCGUGCAGGGGGUCUUCGAGGCCUUCAACCUUGAUGGGCUCUUCUUCCCUGUUGUCAGCUUCUCGGCUGGUGUCAAAGUGCGGUUCCUCCUUGGUGGCCGCCAUGGAGAAUUCAAGUUCCUCCCUCCUCCUGGCUACGCCCCUUGCCAUGAGGCUGUGCUCCCACGAGAGCGACUCCAUCUGGAACCCAUCAAGGAGUAUCGGCGGGAAGGGCCGCGGGGGCCCCACCUGGUAGGCCCCAGCCGCUGCCUCUCACACACCGACUUUGUGCCCUGCCCUGUGGACACUGUCCAGAUUGUCCUGCCUCCCCAUCUGGAGCGUAUUCGGGAGAAGCUGGCCGAGAACAUCCAUGAACUCUGGGCACUGACUCGCAUUGAGCAGGGCUGGACCUAUGGCCCGGUUCGGGAUGACAAUAAGAGACUGCACCCCUGCCUCGUGGAUUUUCACAGCCUACCGGAGCCCGAGAGGAAUUACAACCUGCAGAUGUCGGGGGAGACGCUCAAGACUCUACUGGCACUGGGCUGCCACGUGGGCAUGGCGGAUGAGAAGGCGGAGGACAACCUGAAGAAGACGAAACUCCCCAAGACGUACAUGAUGAGCAACGGGUACAAGCCGGCACCGCUGGACUUGAGCCACGUGAGACUGACGCCUGCGCAGACCACGCUGGUGGACCGGCUGGCGGAGAACGGGCACAACGUGUGGGCCCGAGACCGAGUGGCUCAGGGCUGGAGCUACAGUGCCGUGCAGGACAUCCCUGCCCGCCGGAACCCUCGCCUCGUGCCCUACCGCCUGCUGGAUGAGGCCACCAAGCGCAGCAACCGUGACAGCCUCUGCCAGGCCGUGCGCACCCUGCUGGGCUAUGGCUACAACAUUGAGCCGCCCGACCAGGAGCCCAGUCAGGUGGAGAGCCAGUCUCGCUGGGACCGGGUGCGCAUCUUCCGGGCAGAGAAAUCCUACGUGGUGCAGAGUGGCCGCUGGUACUUCGAGUUUGAGGCGGUCACCACCGGCGAGAUGCGAGUGGGCUGGGCGCGGCCCGAACUACGCCCAGACGUGGAGCUGGGAGCGGAUGACCUGUCCUAUGUCUUCAACGGGCACCGCGGUCAGCGCUGGCACCUGGGCAGUGAACCGUUUGGGCGUCCCUGGCAGUCGGGAGAUGUCGUGGGCUGCAUGAUCGACCUCACAGAGAACACCAUCAUCUUCACCCUCAAUGGCGAGGUCCUCAUGUCCGAUUCCGGCUCAGAAACAGCCUUCCGCGACAUCGAGAUUGGGGAUGGCUUCCUGCCUGUGUGCAGCUUGGGACCCGGCCAGGUGGGUCACCUGAACCUGGGCCAGGACGUGAGCUCCCUGCGGUUCUUUGCCAUCUGUGGCCUCCAGGAAGGUUUUGAGCCAUUUGCCAUCAACAUGCAGCGCCCGGUCACUACCUGGUUCAGCAAAGGCCUUCCUCAAUUUGAGGCCGUGCCUCCUGAGCACCCGCACUAUGAGGUGACUCGUGUGGAUGGCACUGUAGAUACACCCCCCUGCCUGCGCCUGACCCACCGCACCUGGGGCUCCCAGAACAGUCUGGUGGAGAUGCUGUUUCUCCGGCUGAGCCUUCCGGUCCAGUUCCACCAGCAUUUCCGGUGCACCGCAGGGGCCACCCCACUGGCACCCCCUGGCCUGCAGCCUCCUGCGGAGGAUGAGGCCCGGGCAACAGAACCUGAUCCCGACUAUGAAAACCUGCGCCGCUCAGCUGGGCACUGGGCCGAGGCUGAGGGGAACAAAGAAGGAACUGCCAAGGAGGGGACACCCGGGAGUCCUGCCCAGGCUGGAGUGGAGGCCCAGCCCGCCAGGGCAGAGAAUGAGAAGGAUGCUACCACAGAGAAGAACAAGAAGAGAGGGUUCUUGUUCAAAGCCAAGAAGGCCGCCAUGAUGACCCAGCCACCAGCCACGCCCACUCUGCCCCGACUCCCUCAUGAAGUGGUGCCUGCUGAUGACCGUGAUGACCCUGAGAUCAUCCUCAGUACCACCACGUACUAUUACUCUGUGAGGGUCUUUGCCGGCCAGGAGCCCAGCUGUGUGUGGGUGGGCUGGGUCACCCCUGACUACCACCAGCACGACAUGAACUUCGACCUCAGCAAGGUCCGGGCGGUGACAGUGACCAUGGGAGACGAGCAAGGCAACAUCCACAGCAGCCUCAAGUGCAGCAACUGCUACAUGGUGUGGGGUGGAGACUUCGUGAGCCCCGGGCAGCAGGGCCGGAUCAGCCACACAGACCUUAUCAUUGGCUGCCUGGUGGACUUGGCCACUGGCCUAAUGACCUUUACCGCUAACGGCAAAGAGAGCAACACCUUUUUCCAGGUGGAACCCAACACAAAGCUCUUCCCUGCCGUCUUUGUCCUGCCCACGCACCAGAACGUGAUCCAGUUUGAGCUGGGGAAACAGAAGAACAUCAUGCCACUGUCAGCCGCCAUGUUUUUGAGCGAGCGCAAGAACCCCACGCCGCAGUGCCCUCCGCGGCUGGAGGUGCAGAUGCUGAUGCCCGUGUCUUGGAGCCGCAUGCCCAACCACUUCCUGCAGGUGGAGACGCGGCGGGCAGGCGAGCGGCUCGGCUGGGCAGUGCAGUGCCAGGAGCCGCUCACCAUGAUGGCGCUGCACGUCCCCGAGGAGAACCGAUGCAUGGACAUCCUAGAGUUGUCUGAGCGCUUGGACCUGCAGCGGUUCCAUUCGCACACCCUCCGCCUCUACCGCGCUGUAUGCGCCCUGGGCAACAACCGCGUGGCGCAUGCUCUGUGCAGCCAUGUGGACCAGGCACAGCUGCUGCACGCCCUGGAGGACGCGCACCUGCCCGGCCCUCUGCGUGCAGGCUACUACGACCUCCUCAUCAGCAUCCACCUCGAAAGUGCCUGCCGCAGCCGCCGCUCCAUGCUCUCUGAGUACAUCGUGCCCCUCACGCCUGAGACCCGAGCCAUCACUCUCUUCCCACCCGGAAAGAGAGCGGAUAACGGUCCCCGCCGCUACGGGCUUCCUGGCGUUGGCGUUACCACCUCGCUGCGGCCUCCACACCAUUUCUCAGCCCCGUGUUUCGUGGCCGCCCUGCCAGCUGCUGGGGCGGCAGAAGCCCCGGCCCGCCUCAGCCCCAGCAUCCCUCUGGAAGCUCUUCGGGACAAAGCACUCAGAAUGCUGGGGGAGGCGGUGCGAGAUGGUGGGCAGCACGCUCGUGACCCAGUCGGGGGCUCCGUGGAGUUCCAGUUUGUGCCGGUGCUCAAGCUGGUGUCCACCCUGCUGGUGAUGGGCAUCUUUGGCGAUGAGGAUGUGAAACAGAUCUUGAAGAUGAUUGAGCCUGAAGUAUUCACUGAGGAAGAAGAGGAAGAGGAGGAGGAGGAGGAGGAAGGGGAGGAGGAAGAGGAGGAUGAGGAGGAGAAGGAGGAGGACGAGGAGGAAGAGGCACGGGAGAAGGAAGAUGAGGAAAAAGAGGAGGAGGAGACAGCAGAGGGGGAAAAAGAGGACUUGGAGGAGGGCCUGCUCCAGAUGAAGUUGCCUGAGUCUGUGAAGUUACAGAUGUGUAACCUGCUGGAGUAUUUCUGUGACCAAGAGCUACAGCACCGUGUGGAAUCUCUGGCAGCCUUUGCAGAGCGCUAUGUGGACAAGCUCCAGGCCAACCAGAGGGACCGCUACGCCAUCCUCAUGAAAGCCUUCACCAUGACUGCAGCUGAGACAGCCCGACGCACUCGCGAGUUCCGCUCCCCACCCCAGGAGCAGAUCAACAUGCUAUUGCAAUUCAAAGCUGCUGAGGAUGAGGAAGAUUGUCCUCUCCCUGAAGAGGUCCGACAGGAUUUGCUCGAAUUUCAUCGAGACCUGCUGACACACUGCGGAAUUCAACUGGAGGGGGAAGAGGAGGAACCAGAGGAAGAAGCCACCCUGGGCAGUCGCCUGAUGAGCCUGUUGGAGAAGGUGCGGCUGGUGAAGAAGAAGGAGGAGAAAUCAGAGGAGGAACCACCCGCUGAGGAGCGCAAACCCCAGUCGCUGCAAGAGCUGGUGUCCCACACGGUGGUGCGUUGGGCCCAAGAGGACUUCGUGCAGAGCCCGGAGCUGGUCCGCGCCAUGUUCAGCCUCCUGCACCGGCAGUACGAUGGGCUCGGGGAGCUGCUGCGCGCCCUGCCCCGGGCCUACACCAUCUCCCCCUCCUCCGUGGAGGACACCAUGAGCCUGCUCGAGUGCCUCGGCCAGAUCCGCUCACUGCUCAUCGUGCAGAUGGGCCCCCAGGAAGAGAACCUCAUGAUCCAGAGCAUCGGGAACAUCAUGAACAACAAAGUCUUCUACCAACACCCGAACCUGAUGAGGGCACUGGGCAUGCACGAGACAGUCAUGGAGGUCAUGGUGAACGUCCUUGGGGGCGGUGAAUCCAAGGAGAUCCGCUUCCCCAAGAUGGUGACAAGCUGCUGCCGGUUCCUCUGCUACUUCUGCCGCAUCAGCCGGCAGAACCAGCGCUCCAUGUUCGACCACCUGAGCUACCUGCUGGAGAACAGCGGCAUCGGCCUGGGCAUGCAGGGCUCCACCCCCCUGGACGUGGCAGCUGCCUCUGUCAUUGACAACAACGAGCUGGCCUUGGCGCUGCAGGAGCAGGAUCUGGAGAAGGUGGUGUCCUACCUGGCUGGCUGUGGCCUCCAAAGCUGCCCCAUGCUCCUGGCCAAAGGGUACCCAGACAUUGGCUGGAACCCCUGUGGUGGCGAGCGCUACCUGGACUUCCUGCGCUUCGCUGUCUUCGUCAAUGGUGAGAGCGUGGAGGAGAACGCUAACGUGGUGGUGAGGCUGCUGAUCCGCAAGCCCGAGUGCUUUGGGCCUGCCCUGCGGGGCGAGGGCGGCUCAGGGCUGCUGGCCACCAUCGAAGAGGCCAUCCGCAUCUCCGAGGACCCCGCGCGGGACGGCCCAGGCGUCCGUAGGGACCGGCGGCGCGAGCACUUCGGGGAGGAGCCCCCCGAAGAAAACCGGGUGCAUCUGGGACAUGCCAUCAUGUCCUUCUACGCUGCCUUGAUUGACCUGCUGGGACGCUGUGCGCCAGAGAUGCAUCUAAUUCAAGCCGGCAAGGGUGAGGCCCUGCGGAUCCGUGCCAUCCUGCGCUCCCUUGUGCCCCUGGAUGACCUCGUGGGCAUCAUCAGCCUCCCGCUGCAGAUCCCCACCCUGGGCAAAGACGGGGCUCUGGUGCAACCAAAGAUGUCAGCAUCCUUUGUGCCCGACCACAAGGCGUCAAUGGUGCUCUUCCUGGACCGGGUAUAUGGCAUUGAGAACCAGGACUUCCUGUUGCAUGUGCUGGACGUGGGGUUCCUGCCCGACAUGCGGGCGGCUGCCUCGCUGGACACGGCCACUUUCAGCACGACGGAGAUGGCGCUGGCGCUGAACCGCUACCUGUGCCUGGCGGUGCUGCCGCUCAUCACCAAGUGUGCGCCUCUGUUUGCGGGAACGGAGCAUCGUGCCAUCAUGGUGGACUCCAUGCUUCACACGGUGUACCGCCUGUCCCGCGGCCGCUCGCUCACCAAGGCGCAGCGCGACGUCAUCGAGGAAUGCCUGAUGGCACUCUGCAGGUACAUCCGCCCGUCCAUGCUGCAGCACCUGCUGCGGCGCCUGGUGUUCGACGUGCCUAUCCUCAACGAGUACGCCAAGAUGCCGCUCAAGCUCCUCACCAACCACUAUGAGCGCUGUUGGAAGUACUACUGCCUCCCCACAGGUUGGGCCAACUUUGGGGUCACCUCGGAGGAAGAGCUGCACCUCACUCGUAAACUCUUCUGGGGCAUCUUUGACUCGCUGGCCCAUAAGAAAUAUGAUCAAGAGUUGUACCGCAUGGCUAUGCCCUGCCUGUGUGCCAUCGCAGGGGCCCUGCCCCCAGACUACGUGGAUGCCUCAUACUCAUCCAAGGCUGAGAAAAAGGCCACGGUGGAUGCUGAAGGCAACUUUGAUCCUCGGCCUGUGGAGACCCUCAAUGUGAUCAUCCCAGAGAAGCUGGACUCCUUCAUUAACAAGUUUGCGGAGUAUACACACGAGAAGUGGGCCUUCGACAAGAUCCAGAACAACUGGUCCUAUGGGGAGAACAUAGAUGAGGAACUCAAGACCCAUCCCAUGCUGAGGCCCUACAAGACCUUUUCAGAGAAGGACAAAGAGAUUUACCGCUGGCCCAUAAAGGAGUCCUUGAAGGCCAUGAUUGCCUGGGAAUGGACAAUAGAGAAAGCCAGGGAGGGUGAGGAGGAGAAGACGGAGAAGAAGAAAACCAGGAAGAUAUCCCAAAGCGCCCAGACCUAUGAUGCAAGGGAAGGCUACAACCCGCAACCCCCCGAUCUCAGUGGAGUUACCCUGUCUCGGGAGCUGCAAGCCAUGGCAGAACAACUGGCGGAAAAUUACCACAAUACAUGGGGGCGCAAAAAGAAGCAGGAGCUGGAAGCCAAGGGUGGUGGGACCCAUCCCCUGCUGGUUCCCUACGACACGCUCACGGCCAAGGAGAAGGCACGAGAUCGGGAGAAGGCCCAGGAGCUGUUGAAGUUCCUGCAGAUGAACGGCUACGCGGUCACCAGAGGUCUUAAGGACAUGGAACUGGACACGUCUUCCAUUGAGAAACGGUUCGCCUUCGGCUUCCUGCAGCAGUUGCUGCGCUGGAUGGACAUUUCUCAGGAGUUUAUCGCCCACCUGGAGGCCGUGGUCAGCAGUGGACGAGUGGAAAAGUCCCCUCAUGAACAGGAGAUUAAAUUCUUUGCCAAGAUCCUGCUCCCUUUGAUCAACCAGUACUUCACCAACCACUGCCUCUAUUUCCUGUCCACCCCGGCCAAAGUGCUGGGCAGUGGUGGCCACGCCUCCAACAAGGAGAAGGAAAUGAUCACCAGCCUCUUCUGCAAGCUUGCGGCUCUUGUCCGUCACCGAGUCUCUCUCUUUGGCACGGAUGCCCCAGCUGUGGUCAACUGUCUUCACAUCCUGGCACGCUCUCUGGAUGCCAGGACCGUGAUGAAGUCUGGCCCCGAGAUCGUGAAGGCUGGCCUCCGUUCCUUCUUUGAGAGUGCCUCGGAGGACAUUGAGAAGAUGGUGGAGAACCUGCGGCUCGGCAAGGUGUCGCAGGCGCGCACGCAGGUGAAGGGCGUGGGCCAGAACCUCACCUACACCACCGUGGCCCUGCUGCCGGUCCUCACCACCCUCUUCCAGCACAUCGCCCAGCAUCAGUUUGGAGACGAUGUUAUCCUGGAUGACGUCCAGGUCUCUUGCUACCGAACACUGUGCAGUAUCUACUCUCUGGGGACCACCAGGAACCCUUACGUGGAAAAAUUGCGGCCAGCCCUGGGCGAGUGCCUGGCCCGCCUGGCAGCGGCCAUGCCAGUGGCGUUCCUGGAGCCGCAGCUGAAUGAAUACAACGCCUGCUCAGUGUACACCACCAAGUCUCCCCGGGAGCGGGCCAUCCUGGGGCUCCCCAACAGUGUGGAGGAGAUGUGUCCUGACAUCCCAGUGCUGGAGCGGCUCAUGGCUGACAUCGGGGGGCUGGCUGAGUCGGGCGCCCGCUACACGGAGAUGCCGCACGUCAUCGAGAUCACGCUGCCCAUGCUGUGCAGUUACCUGCCCCGCUGGUGGGAGCGCGGGCCGGAGGCACCCCCACCCGCCCUACCUGCCGGGGCCCCUCCACCCUGCACAGCCGUCACCUCCGACCACCUCAACUCGCUGCUGGGGAACAUCCUGCGAAUCAUCGUCAACAACCUGGGCAUUGAUGAGGCCACCUGGAUGAAGCGGCUGGCUGUGUUUGCCCAGCCCAUCGUGAGCCGGGCCCGGCCGGAGCUCCUGCACUCUCACUUCAUCCCUACCAUCGGGCGGCUGCGCAAGCGGGCAGGGAAGGUGGUGGCCGAGGAGGAGCAGCUGCGCCUGGAGGCCAAGGCGGAGGCCCAGGAGGGCGAGCUCCUGGUGCGGGAUGAGUUCUCUGUGCUCUGCCGGGAUCUGUACGCCCUUUACCCGCUGCUCAUCCGCUAUGUGGACAACAACAGGGCACACUGGCUGACCGAGCCCAACCCCAGCGCGGAGGAGCUGUUCAGGAUGGUGGGCGAGAUCUUCAUCUACUGGUCUAAGUCCCACAACUUUAAGCGCGAGGAGCAGAACUUUGUGGUCCAGAAUGAGAUCAACAACAUGUCAUUUCUGACGGCCGACAACAAGAGCAAAAUGGCCAAGCAGACGGGAGAUGUACAGUCGGGUGGCUCAGACCAGGAGCGCACCAAGAAGAAGCGCCGGGGUGACCGGUACUCCGUGCAGACGUCGCUGAUUGUGGCCACGCUCAAGAAGAUGCUGCCCAUCGGCCUGAACAUGUGUGCCCCCACUGACCAGGAGCUCAUCACACUGGCCAAGACCCGCUAUGCCCUGAAAGACACAGAUGAGGAGGUCCGGGAAUAUCUGCAAAACAACCUUCACCUUCAGGGAAAGGUCGAAGGCUCCCCUUCUCUGCGCUGGCAGAUGGCCCUGUACCGGGGCCUCCCGGGCCGCGAGGAGGACGCUGACGAUCCGGAGAAAAUCGUGCGCAGAGUCCAGGAAGUGUCCGCCGUGCUCUACCAUCUGGAGCAGAUGGAGCACCCUUACAAGUCCAAGAAGGCCGUGUGGCACAAGCUCUUGUCGAAGCAGCGCCGGAGGGCAGUCGUCGCCUGUUUCCGCAUGACGCCCCUGUACAACCUGCCCACGCACCGGGCCUGUAAUAUGUUUCUGGAGAGCUACAAGGCGGCGUGGAUCCUGACGGAAGACCACAGUUUUGAGGACCGCAUGAUAGAUGACCUUUCAAAAGCUGGGGAGCAGGAGGAGGAGGAGGAAGAGGUGGAAGAUAAGAAGCCAGACCCCCUGCACCAGCUGGUCCUGCACUUCAGCCGCACCGCCCUGACUGAAAAGAGCAAACUGGAUGAAGAUUACUUGUAUAUAGCGUAUGCUGAUAUCAUGGCUAAGAGCUGCCACCUGGAGGAGGGAGGGGAGAAUGGUGAAGCUGAAGAAGAGGAGGUUGAGGUUUCCUUCGAGGAAAAAGAGAUGGAGAAGCAGCGUCUCCUGUACCAGCAGGCGCGGCUACACACCCGGGGGGCCGCGGAGAUGGUGCUGCAGAUGAUCAGCGCCUGCAAAGGAGAGACAGGCGCCAUGGUGUCCUCCACCCUGAAGCUGGGCAUCUCCAUCCUAAAUGGAGGCAAUGCUGAUGUGCAGCAGAAAAUGCUGGAUUACCUGAAGGACAAGAAGGAAGUUGGCUUCUUCCAGAGUAUCCAGGCACUGAUGCAAACCUGCAGUGUCCUGGAUCUCAAUGCCUUCGAGAGACAGAACAAGGCAGAGGGGCUGGGCAUGGUGAAUGAGGAUGGAACUGUCAUCAAUCGCCAGAACGGAGAGAAGGUCAUGGCAGAUGAUGAAUUCACCCAGGACCUGUUCCGAUUCCUGCAGUUGCUCUGCGAGGGUCACAAUAAUGAUUUCCAAAAUUACCUACGGACACAGACAGGGAAUACAACCACUAUUAACAUCAUCAUCUGUACUGUGGACUACCUCCUGCGGCUGCAGGAGUCCAUCAGCGACUUCUACUGGUACUACUCCGGCAAGGAUGUCAUUGAGGAGCAAGGCAAGAGGAACUUUUCCAAGGCAAUGUCGGUGGCUAAACAGGUGUUUAACAGCCUCACCGAGUACAUCCAGGGCCCCUGCACUGGGAACCAGCAGAGUCUAGCGCACAGCCGCCUCUGGGACGCCGUGGUGGGAUUCCUGCACGUGUUUGCCCACAUGAUGAUGAAGCUCGCUCAGGACUCAAGCCAGAUCGAGCUGUUGAAGGAGCUGCUGGAUCUGCAGAAGGACAUGGUGGUGAUGUUGCUCUCACUACUAGAAGGGAACGUGGUGAACGGCAUGAUUGCCCGGCAGAUGGUGGACAUGCUUGUGGAAUCCUCAUCCAACGUGGAGAUGAUCCUCAAGUUCUUUGACAUGUUCCUGAAACUCAAGGACAUCGUGGGCUCUGAGGCCUUCCAGGACUAUGUCACUGAUCCCCGUGGUCUCAUCUCCAAGAAGGACUUCCAGAAGGCCAUGGACAGUCAGAAGCAAUUCACCGGUCCGGAAAUCCAGUUCCUGCUUUCGUGCUCCGAAGCGGAUGAGAAUGAGAUGAUCGACUGUGAGGAGUUCGCCAACCGCUUCCAGGAGCCAGCCCGCGACAUCGGCUUUAACGUGGCGGUGCUGCUGACCAACCUGUCAGAGCACGUGCCGCACGACCCGCGCCUGCGCAACUUCCUCGAGCUCGCGGAGAGCAUCCUCGAGUACUUCCGGCCCUACCUGGGCCGCAUCGAGAUCAUGGGGGCCUCCCGCCGCAUCGAGCGUAUCUACUUCGAGAUCUCGGAGACCAACCGCGCUCAGUGGGAGAUGCCCCAGGUGAAGGAGUCGAAGCGUCAGUUCAUCUUCGACGUGGUGAACGAGGGCGGCGAGUCGGAGAAGAUGGAGCUCUUCGUGAGCUUCUGCGAGGACACCAUCUUCGAGAUGCAGAUCGCCGCGCAGAUCUCGGAGCCCGACGGCGAGCCGGAGGAGGACGAGGACGAGGGCGCGGGCGCGGCGGAGGCGGGCGCCGAGAGCGGGGAUGAGGGCGCCGCGGGGCCCGAGGGCGCGGCGGCCACGGCGGCGGCGGGCGCCACGGCGCGGCUGGUGGCGGCCGCGAACCGGGCCAUGCGGGGCCUCAGCUACCGCAGCCUGCGGCGGCGCGUGCGACGGCUGCGGCGGCUCACGGCGCGCGAGGCGGCAACCGCGGUGGCCGCACUCCUCUGGGCCGUGCUGGCGCGCGCGGGCGCGGCGGGCGCGGGGGCCGCGGCGGGCGCGCUGCGCCUGCUCUGGGGCUCUCUCUUCGGCGGCGGCCUGGUGGAGGGCGCCAAGAAGGUGACGGUGACCGAGCUCCUGGCGGGCAUGCCCGACCCCACGAGCGACGAGGUGCACGGAGAGCAGCCAGCCGGGUCUGGGGGCGACGUGGACGGCGAGGGCGCGGGCGAGGGCGCGGGCGAUGCCGCCGAGGGUGCGGGCGACGAGGAGGUGGCGGACCAGGAGGACCCGGGAGUCGCCGACGGGACGGUUGCUGUGGCCGAUGGGGGGCCCUUCCGACCCGAAGGGGCCGGCCUCGGGGACAUGGGUGACACGACGCCGGCGGAGCCGCCCACGCCCGAGGGCUCGCCCAUCCUCAAGAGGAAGCUGGGGGUGGAUGGAGAGGAAGAAGAGCUGCCUCCAGAGCCAGAGCCGGAGCCGGAGCCCGAGCCGGAGAAAGCUGAUGCUGAGAAUGGGGAGAAGGAAGAAGUCCCCGAGACCCCACAAGAACCUCCCAAGAAGGCAGCUCCCCCUGCACCCCCUCCAAAGAAGGAGGGAGCUGGCGGUGCAGGCCUGGAAUUCUGGGGAGAACUGGAAGUACAGCGGGUGAAGUUCUUGAACUACCUCUCAAGGAAUUUUUACACCCUGCGAUUCCUUGCCCUCUUCUUGGCAUUUGCCAUCAACUUCAUCCUGCUGUUUUAUAAGGUCUCUGACUCUCCACCCGGGGAGGAUGACAUGGAGGGGUCAGCAGCUGGGGGCCUGCCAGGAGCAGGGUCUAGUGGCGGCUCUGGCUGGGGCUCGGGGGCUGGAGAGGAAGCAGAGGGCGACGAGGAUGAGAACAUGGUGUACUACUUCCUGGAAGAGAGCACGGGUUACAUGGAGCCUGCCUUGCGGUGCUUGAGCCUUCUGCAUACGCUGGUGGCCUUUCUCUGUAUCAUUGGCUACAACUGCCUCAAGGUGCCCUUGGUGAUCUUUAAGCGGGAGAAGGAACUGGCCCGGAAGCUGGAGUUUGACGGCCUCUAUAUCACGGAGCAGCCUGAGGACGAUGACGUGAAAGGCCAGUGGGACCGGCUGGUGCUCAACACUCCGUCUUUCCCCAGCAACUACUGGGACAAGUUUGUCAAGCGGAAGGUCUUGGACAAGCAUGGGGACAUCUAUGGGCGGGAGCGGAUCGCCGAGCUGCUGGGCAUGGAUCUGGCCACGCUGGAGAUCACAGCCCACAACGAGCGCAAGCCUGAACCACCCCCGGGGCUGCUCACCUGGCUUAUGUCCAUCGAUGUGAAGUACCAGAUCUGGAAGUUCGGGGUCAUCUUCACAGACAAUUCUUUCCUGUACCUGGGCUGGUACAUGGUAAUGUCCCUCCUCGGGCACUACAACAACUUCUUCUUUGCCGCCCACCUCCUGGACAUCGCCAUGGGGGUCAAGACGCUGCGCACCAUCCUCUCCUCCGUCACCCACAAUGGGAAGCAGCUGGUGAUGACCGUGGGCCUCCUGGCGGUGGUGGUCUACCUGUACACCGUGGUGGCCUUCAACUUCUUCCGCAAGUUCUACAACAAGAGCGAGGAUGAGGAUGAACCUGACAUGAAGUGUGACGACAUGAUGACAUGUUACCUCUUCCACAUGUACGUGGGUGUCCGAGCUGGUGGGGGCAUUGGGGACGAGAUAGAGGACCCAGCAGGCGAUGAAUACGAGCUGUACCGGGUGGUCUUCGACAUCACCUUCUUUUUCUUCGUCAUCGUCAUCCUGUUGGCCAUUAUCCAGGGUCUGAUCAUUGACGCUUUUGGCGAGCUCCGAGACCAACAAGAGCAAGUGAAGGAAGAUAUGGAGACCAAGUGCUUCAUCUGCGGUAUCGGCAGUGAUUACUUUGACUCGACACCGCAUGGGUUCGAGACUCACACACUGGAGGAACACAACCUGGCCAAUUACAUGUUUUUCCUGAUGUAUCUGAUAAACAAGGACGAGACAGAACACACGGGCCAGGAGUCUUACGUCUGGAAGAUGUACCAAGAGAGAUGUUGGGAUUUCUUCCCGGCUGGCGAUUGUUUCCGCAAGCAGUAUGAGGACCAGCUUAGCUGAGACACCCCCAGCUGGCCCUUCACCCCCCACCUCAAGUGCCUUAUUCUCACAGCAAACCCCAUAGCCCUCAAACCCCUCCCCACAAGGCAGCUGGGGGGGAGGGGUGACCAUGUACUGACAAAUAAAGUCUGUGCUACACCCCUGA